AUGGACCCCAAGACGGACGCCGCGUCCAACGGCUUGGACUUUGACGUCAUCAUCAUCGGCGCCGGCAUUUCCGGCAUCAACGCCGCGUAUCGCGUGCAGAACGGCGCGCCGCCCGGGACCUCGUACGUGAUCCUCGAGAGCCGCGACUCCAUGGGCGGCACGUGGGAUAUCUGGCGCUACCCGGGCAUCAGGUCCGACUCGGACGUCUUCACCUUUAGCUUUGCGUGGAAUCCCUGGCCCGGCAGGGAGUCGCUCGCGUCGGGGGAGAAGAUCAAGCGGUACAUGAUGGAGUCUGCGCGCCAGGCCGGCAUCGACAGGCACGUCCGCCUCGGCCACAAGGUCGUCUCUGCAAACUGGAGCUCGGCCGCGGGAUGCUGGGAGGUGGCGGCUCGGCAGCGGCCGCAGGAGCAGCCGCAGCUCUUCAGGGGCCGCUUCGUCUUCCUCGGCACCGGAUACUACGACUACCAGCAGCCGCUUCACUCGGCCAUCCCCGGCAUCGACAACUUCAGGGGGAGGCUCAUCGCGCCCCAGCACUGGCCCCGAGACUACGACUACACCGGCCAGGAGAUGGUCGUCAUCGGCAGCGGCGCCACGGCCAUCUCCAUCGUGCCCGCCGUCGCCGGGCGAGCCAAGCACGUAACCAUGCUCCAGCGCAGCCCGUCCUGGUACUUCCCGCUGAGCCAGUACGGCACCAUCGCCCGCCUGCUCGCCGCCGUCCUGCCCGCGAGCGCGUCCCGCCGGAUGAACCGCUACCGCUGGCUGCUGCAGUCGCAGCUCCUCCUGUUUGUGUGCAGAAACAUGCCGACCGUGGCGGCGGGCGUCCUGCGCUUCUUGACGGCCAUGCAGCUCCCCAAGGACGCCGACUGGGACAGGGACUUCCAGCCGCGGUACGGCCCCUGGGACCAGCGCCUCUGCAUCGUCAUGGACGGGGAUCUCUUUUCCGCCCUUCGCUCGCGGCAGGCGAGCGUCGUCACGGGCCACAUCGACACCGUCGCCGAGCACGGCAUCGUCCUGAAGUCGGGCCAGGUCCUCCACGCCGACGCCAUCGUGGUCGCCACGGGCAUCCGGCUCAAGUUUGGCGGCGACGUCGCCCUCUCCGUCGACGGCGAGCCCGUCAACCCCUGCGACAAGUUUGCCUGGAAGCAGUGCAUGCUGCAGGACGUGCCCAACCUCGUCUUCUCCUUCGGGUACGCCGAGAACUCGUGGACUCUGGCGGCAGACUGCGCCGCCACCGUCAUGGUCCGCGUGCUCCGCGAGCUGCAGAGGCACAAGAUGACGUGCGCCGCGCCGCAGCUGGACGCGUCCGAGAGGGAGAGCAUGGCGCCCCGGCCGCUGUGGAGGCUGACGUCGACCUAUCUCCGGAACAUGGCCAGCGUGUUUCCCAAGGGGGGGACCGGACAGUGGCGGCCUAGGUGGUAUUACUUUUACGAUGUCGUGGCCGCGACGUGGGGAGGCCUGAAGGGGCUGGCGAUGAAGUAG